CAUAUUGGCGUGACCCAGGUGCUUCCUGGUGCUUCACUGCAGGAUCACAGCCUGGGGAACCGAAACGGUCAGCAGCGCGUCUAGGAAGCGUCAGCGGGGAGCACGCGCGCCGACAGAUAGAGGAAUGCAGCAGUUUCCGCGACCGUCCGUCAGGUAGCCGCGGAUCCAGAAGGUUCGCAGGCAGCGCGCGUGACGGUGUUUUAUUUUCCCGCCGUCGGCGCGAGCUGCUGCUGACGCGAUGCUUUAGCCAUGGACAGCAGGAUAAACGAGAAUCCUGGGAGAACAUUUGAUUUGGCACUUCAGGUUGCAUGUCCAGCGUCUGAAAAUGAAGAUCCGACAGUGCUGUGGAAGUUCCCUCAGGACUUUGGAGACCAGGAGGUCCUGCAGACAGUGCCUAAGUUCUGUUUCCCAUUUGACGUAGAAAGAGUGUCCCAGACUCAGGUGGGCCAGAACUUCACGUUUGUGCUCACAGACAUUGAGAGCAAGCAGAGGUUUGGUUUCUGUCGGCUGACGUCCGGCGGCAGGGUCUGCAUCUGUUUGCUCAGCUAUCUCCCAUGGUUUGAGAUUUACUAUAAGCUGCUAAAUACCUUUGCAGACUACUUAUCAAAACACCAGGAAGAUGACUUGAACGACAUGUUGGAAACGCUGCACAACCACCCUGUGCCAAAGCCGAAUACGCCAGUAAAUCUGAGUGUGCAUUCAUACUUCAUAGCUCCUGACAUUAAUGGACUCCCCACCAUACCUGAAAGUAGAAAUUUAACUGAGUACUUUGUAGCAGUGGAUGUGAACAACAUGUUGCACCUCUACGCCAGCAUGCUGCACGAGCGACGCAUCAUCAUUACCUCAAGCAAGCUUAGCACUUUAACUGCAUGCGUGCAAGGGUCCACCGCCAUGCUCUACCCUAUGCACUGGCAGCACAUCUUCAUUCCUGUACUUCCUCCUCACCUGCUGGAUUACUGCUGUGCGCCCAUGCCAUAUCUGGUCGGAGUUCAUCUCAGCCUUUUAGAGAGAGUAAAGGGCAGAUCCCUGGAGGAUGUGGUCAUUCUGAACGUGGACACAAACACCCUGGAAAGCCCCACAGACGAUCUGCACAAGCUUCCCAGUGACGUGGUCUCCAGUUUGAAGAGUAAGCUGAAAAAGCAGUCGACUGCUACAGGCAGUGGGGUGGCUCGGGCCUUUCUGCAUGCUCAGGCUGCGUUGUUUGGCUCCUAUCGGGACGCCCUGAGAUAUAAACCUGGAGAGCCAAUCACCUUCUGCGAGAAGAGCUUCGUGGCACACCGCUCCAGCACCAUGAGAAGUUUCCUUGAGAUGGCCGUGAACCUGCAACUCUUCAAGCAGUUCAUUGAAGGCAGACUGGCCAAAUUAAACGCAGGAAGGGGCUUUACAGACGUCUAUGAAGAGGAGAUCACAGAGGGGGGCUUCUGUAGAAGUAAUUCAAGGUCUUAUCAACAGUGGAUUCACACCAAGGUGCGGCAGAGGGCAAAACCAGUCGUGAAAAACCUUCAGAUGGCCAAAGAUCACGCAAAGCGGAAAAUACGCGACAUGAAGGGCAAGAUUACACAAAAGGAUGCUGAAGAGGAGGAAAGCCUGUACUGUGAAGGUUCUCCCACCAGCACUAAAAGCCUCUCACCCAGGAGACUACAGAGGAGAGCGCAUCAAAAUCCAAAGUCGUCUCCACACAUGAGCCUCUACUUUCCUGACAAUGACGACACAGCCAGCAGAAUAUCCUCUGAGGACAGUGGGGAGGCGCCGUCAUACAACGAGGACAGUGAUGACUCUGAUUUAGAGUUUCGGUCUGAAGCCAGUCAAACGGGCCAGAUGACCCUGCUGGAGGAGAUUCUGGACUCUCUCAGCACGUCCCACAUCGAGGAAGGGCGAUUGUCCGCCGCCAAGAGCCUGGACUUUUUCAGAUCAGUUGAAGACCUGGACUACAAUCCCACGAAAAAUUGCAAGUCUCCUUUGGGAAGCAGCCCUGCUCAGGCUGGUUGCGAAGUAGGAAACGGAGAACAAGGUGGAUGGAAUAUGGGUCAAGACGACAGCGUCGUUCACGGUAAGCAUCUCCCGCCUUCGCCUCGACGCCAAGCCAGCUCUCGUUCCCUACCUCUCCGUCCUACCCUUUCCAAGAACCUCCCCAAUGAAGAGGUCCCACUGAGGAACUCUCUCCCUGAGGGACCUACAAUUCAACUCUUGGAACCUGGUGAUGCUGACAAACCCUCCAGUUCUGCUGACGCCCAGCUGAGCGCAGACAAACUGCACCCAGUAGCCCACAGCCUCUCCCGACAGAAGGUCCUUUCCAGAAAAACCCAGAGGCCCUACCAGGAACAUGCCCAGCACAGGGCAACAGACGGGCAACCUUCGGUCUUCGUUCCUUGGGAGAGGGAAAACCAGUUCCAGGAGACAGAUAUGGAAAAAAGAGGGCAUGAGACUGAGGAGAAAGGCUUACUAGAGGAGAUCGAGUCCAUGUGUCGCAUCAGCAUGGCCAUUAAAAGCAACCAGGAGCUCCCGCACAUUCAAAACAACACCAGCCUGGACAAAUCCUGAGAAAUUGACGCAACACUCCCGUCUAACAAUUCUCGUUUCAUAUUUACACUGUCCUAUGAUGUCACACCAGCACUCUUUGCAUGAAUUAUUUGCAAAGGUGUUUUGUAGUUAAUGUGAAAUAUCGGUCCUCUUAUUUCUCACAACAGCAUUCGGUAUGUUUAAGAACUGGUGGAUGGAAAGGACGAAAAUUAGGUUUAAAGGGAUUUAUGUCAAUAUUCAUCAUCCAGUUUUAUUUAUUUCAGCAGAUGAUUUGCACUUGCGUAGUUUCAAAUCACUGUUUCGAUAAAUCACUGUGGGUGAGGGGCGAACUUCUCUGUAUAUUUUACUAAAUCGUACGAAAAUAUUUAAAUGGCGAGUGAAUCUCGGCUUAAUAUGAUGCCUUAAACAGAUUUAAUUUGCUUCUACACAGUAUUUCCUGACUGUGACACUGUAACGGUUUAGCUUGCUAACUACUAUCACUACUUUUUGCGUCUUAAAGAGAGAUAUUUAUCUAGGCCAGAUGGACAACUGGUUCUCAAUUUGCUAUAUUUUUGAAGAAAAAAAGUAUUUUUUCAAGACAAUUCUCAGGUUAAUGCUUUUAUCCCAGAUGAGAUGUUAGUAUUUUAAUUUCAGCUUAGACAAAAAUCCCACUUACAUUUUUUUAAAGGACUAAUAGCCUUAAAAAUGAUAGUCAUAGAAUACUGACUUUUUUGCGCAAACGCAACUUGUUACUGACGAAUAAAUGUAUAUUUUAAUCUUA